CUCUGCACAGCCUCGGCAUCACCCCGCCUGACGACAGCCCCAACAGCUAGCGGAUGGACAUCUAUUGUGUGAUCGACGGCAGUGACUACCCCUGCCGGCCUGACGACUCCCUCACUCCCUUCCACCCAACAGUCAGCCGGCGCAGUGCACAGCUUCCGGGUGGCAAGGCGGCGCAGCUUGCGGAGAAUGACAAGAUCGACAAGUAUGGCCCGACCGCCCAAGCAGCCGGCUUCCGCUUUGUGCCUCUCGCUGCGGAGACAUUCGGCAGAUGGGGAGAGAAGACCAUGGACUUUCUCAAGAUGCUCGCCAAGCGGAAGCCCCGCCCCACAUCCAUUCCCACGGAGGAGGACACAGCUUUCCGAGAGAGCGUCAACAACCAUUGGAGCCAGCUUCUGUCCGUCGAGCUGAUGAAGCACAACGCGUUUCGAGUGGCGAGUCGUGCGCAGCGCGCGGCGGCCGCCAGAGGGCCACGGAGGGCCAGCGCGUUUCUUGAGGAUGUUAUGGUGUGCUUGUGAU